CCCCCCUCCACCACCGCCACCUCUUUUACAAACUGAAUAUAUACCUCAAGGCUCUGGAGUGGACGUAACUUCUACUAUAAAUGGGGACGUUAAUAAUAGAAUUACUGAAGAGACAGUUGAUAAGAAAAAGCACUUGCCCCCAUUUUACGAUUCCCGGACCGAUCUUAUGAAAGCAAUUCGGGAUGGUAUUACUCUUAGGAAAGUGGAGAAAUGUGAGCAAAAGGAAAUCGAAAGGAACACGGCCUUACAUGAUGUAGCUUCUAUUUUGGCUAGACGAGUUGCCAUUGAACUUUCCGAAUCGGAGGAAUCAGAUUCUGAUGAUGAUAGUGAAGGAUGGAUGGAAUCAACGGAAAACUCAGCAUAACUUUUUAUAUUACAUUGAUCAGUGUAAUCAGAAUAGCACAAAGGCAAUUAAAUUUGAGAGUAAUCUAUGUGCUCCAUUUAGUAAUUAUUCGUAUAUGUAAUUUCCAUUAUAAAAGAUUUUCGGUAAAUUAAACGUCAAAAAUUUCAUCAAUGAAAAAA